AUGGUGGUCAAAGUGGACGAUGUGCUUGAGCCACCACUGCUGCCGUCGUCCGUUGAGGUCGAUGUUGUGGUUGCAGUUGUGGGGACGGCUGUGACAGUGGACGACGAUGUGGACGUGUGUGUGGUUGAUGUCGAGGUGGACGUGGAUGUGGAUGAUGUGCUUGAGGUCGAUGUGGACGACGAUGUGGACGUGUGUGUGGUCGAUGUCGAGGUGGACGUGGACGUGGAUGAUGUGCUUGAGGUCGAUGUGGACGACGAUGUGGACGUGUGUGUGGUCGAUGUCGAGGUGGACGUGGAUGUGGAUGAUGUGCUUGAGGUCGAUGUGGACGACGAUGUGGACGUGUGUGUGGUCGAUGUCGAGGUGGACGUGGACGUGGACGAUGUGCUUGAGGUCGAUGUGGACGACGAUGUGGACGUGUGUGUGGUCGAUGUCGAGGUGGACGUGGACGUGGAUGAUGUGCUUGAGGUCGAUGUGGACGACGAUGUGGACGUGUGUGUGGUCGAUGUCGAGGUGGACGUGGACGUGGAUGAUGUGCUUGAGGUCGAUGUGGACGUGCUGCUUGAUGUGCUGCUUGAUGUGCUCGUGAACAGCUCGCGCUCACACACAAACACAAGCUCAAGCUCGCACGACCGAAGCACCACGCUCCCGUCAGCUGCAAGCGCAACGCAUAGCCCACGCGUCGGCUUCUGCGGAAGGGGCUGCGAAAACGGAAGCUCAUCUCCCGUCAGCCCUUCUCCGUCAGCAUCGUCCCGCCACACAACACCCUCCCCGCUCACAAACUCAGCUCCAAGCCACGCCUCCCACAUGGAUGACGAACCAGUGCCAAUGGCCUCCUGCACAGCCAUCUCAACCGCCCCAAGCAUCUCACUCGCCGACACAACGACAAGACGGCCCUCGUUCAGUCCGCACACGGCCCGUGCAUCCGAGAACGACGCGGUCGCCGUGAACACCCCAUACUCCCGCAGCCCAACCGCAUUCCACGCAAUGGUCGAUGUUGUGGUCGAUGUUGAGGUGGACGUGGACGUGGAUGAUGUGCUUGAGGUCGAUGUGGACGACGAUGUGGACGUGUGUGUGGUCGAUGUUGAGGUGGACGUGGACGUGGAUGAUGUGCUUGAGGUCGAUGUGGACGACGAUGUGGACGUGUGUGUGGUUGAUGUCGAGGUGGACGUGGACGUGGAUGAUGUGCUUGAGGUCGAUGUGGACGACGAUGUGGACGUGUGUGUGGUUGAUGUCGAGGUGGACGAUGUGCUUGAGUCACCACUGCUGCCGUCGUCCGUUGAGGUCGAUGUUGUGGUUGAUGUGCUCGUCAUGCCACUCCCCUCCUCGCUUGUGCUGGUGCUUGUCGUCGUUGUGAGGAUGUUGUAG